UCCCGCUAAAAUUGACAUCGUGUUGAUAAAAGUAUAAAAAAAAGUGACUAGUGGGUAAGUACUUACUAGCAGGGAUACUUGGAUGUAUUGUUGUAUUCAUUAGGUACAAGAGAACUAAACAGUGAACAUUAGGAAUAACUUCAAAUUAAAGUGUUGACGGAUUAAUUCGAUUUGCUGGCUAUUGCACAGCAAGUAUUUGCUGUGUCAGUUCAUUACAUUAAAAAAUUCAUUAUCAAUCAACAUCAGUGCUCAACUAAAUAAUGCCAAGAAACGUAGAGAUCAAAGCACGCGUUAAAGACUUGGAAGUGGUCAGACAGCGGAUUUUGGCAUUAAGGUCAAAUGCUGCCUACGACGUCCAUCCUGAUUCCUUGAUAAUUAAGCAAAAAGACUCAUUUUUUAAUUUACCAACUGGAAAAUGUGGCAAAUUGAAACUCAGAAAAAUGGGUAAACUUCAAGAACUAAUUUAUUAUAACCGAGAAGAAAGCUCUGGACCAAAGUUAAGUUCUUAUAAUAAAUGUGAAGUAAACGAAGAUUUAGAAAAAGUGCUUACAAAUGCUUUGGGUACGUGGGGAAUCGUGGAAAAAGAAAGAAAAUUGAUAAUGGUUGGCCAAACAAGAGUACAUUUUGAUAGUGUUGUUGGUCUUGGGGAUUUUGUAGAAUUAGAAGUAGUUUUGAAUGAUAGCCAAACAGUUGAGGAUGGACAAUCAAUUGCCAAAGACCUGAUGUCUCAUAUGGGAGUUGAAGAUGAAGAUUUGAUAUCUGUGUCGUAUGUUAACAUGCUUGUCAAAAAUAAAUAAAAAAAUAUUUCUAUGAUGCCCAAAA